GCAAAUCAAAUUAUGCUAGAAAAGAAUUAUUAUAUCAAAUAAAAUUAUAUCGUACAAGAGAAAAACCAUUUGAUAUUUUGUAUAGUAAUUCAGAAACUCCUCUUAUCUGGUGGUUUUCACUUGAAGAUAGUUUUUCAAAAGUUGAUGAAUAUUUAAAUGAAGAUGAAGAUUAUAUUGAAAUUACUGAAAUUGAUUUAAUUGAAGAAGUUGAUGAAAAUAUUGAAUUAGAAGAAAAUGAUAAUUUAACAAUUCAAAAUAUUUUAAAUUUAGAUAAAUUUUAUGAUGAAUUAGAUGAAAUUGAAUUUAGUAUGGAUGAUGAAUAUGAUGAUAAUAAUAGUGAAAAAUCAAAUUCUUUAACAAGUCAAUUAGAAGAAGAUAUUGACUGGGAUCCAAUUGCAGAAGUAGAUAAAUUAAUAGAAGAUAUUUAA